AUGCAGCACGUGGAAAAAAUUGGAGAUUUACUUCAUACACUUCAAGAUUUUUAUUCUCAUUCAAAUUGGGUUGAAAUGGGUAAAACAGAAAUAAAUCCUCAUAUUGGUAUUCAAGAAAAUAUUGGUCGAAUAGCUGAAAUCACUCAAGCAACAUGUAGUAGUGUUGGAUGUAAAAAAAUUCAAUCAAAAUGUAAUCUCAUUCAAAAAUUUAUUAUAAAAACAUGUCCAAUGGAGUAUUAUGAAUGUAAAGAUAAUAUCCUAGAUGAAAUCAAUAAACAAGGUAUAUUAACUAGUGGUUACAUGUCUAAUCAGUUCACUGAUAAAGGAGAACCAAUAGUAAAACCAACUAAUGUACAAAAAUGUUCACAUGGUUCUGUUAUGGAUAAAACAUCUCAUCAAGUACCUAUAGGUGGUAUCAAUAAAGAUGCAAUGACAUCUAUGUUUUCUCCUCAUUAUUAUCUUCAUAUUAAAGCAGUUCAAUUCGCAGUAGAGGCUACUGAACGAUUCUUCAAUGAUUUACGAAAAGAUUUCGGUGAUACAAAUUUUGAUCGUCUAUUUGCCAUUAAUCCAACUGAAGUACAAAUCCAGCAGGCAAUGAUUGCCAUAGAAAAUCAUGAAAAGUUUCAUUUUCUUACAUCAGCACUUUCAAUAGGUCUAAGCACUCGUGAUAUUAAUUUUGAUAAGGCAAUAAAAAACCGAAUUCAAGAAAUUAUUUCAGUCCUGUUUAAUUCCAACGAUGAUACUGCGCCAACAUAUGAUCUCAGUGACAUUGGAGUCGACAAAACUAGCGUGAACAUAGAUGGAGCGUCGUUACUAAUCGACAAUUCGAAAAGUAUCAAAAGAAGACGAUUUGGUCGACGUCGAUAUAAAUGGACUAUGAUAUAA